GACCAGAGGUACGGGCACAAGGCCAUCUGUCCGUUCUCUAAAUACAACUGACAACAAAGGAGAGCAACUGUGCACUCAGGGAAGCAUACACACUCUGGAACCAAAAACAUCAAGUCAUCCCGGAGAGGCCAGACGAGAAGAGUUGGUGAACCUCCUGGCAUCUCUGUGCCGUCUCAGCCUGCAUCACUUCACCAGAGACAGUCGAUUUGAAGCUUCUGGACCCAAGAGAGGAAGGAAUAUGAGUGAGAAGGAAGGCGGAGUAUCAGAGGGGGGGCUAAAUGUCACCCUCACCAUCCGCCUGCUAAUGCAUGGGAAAGAAGUAGGAAGUAUCAUUGGGAAGAAAGGAGAGACUGUCAAAAAAAUGAGAGAUGAGAGUGGAGCCCGUAUUAAUAUAUCGGAUGGUUCCAGUCCAGAGCGCAUCGUGACCAUCACUGGCCCUGCUGAGGUGAUCUUCAAAGCAUUCGCCAUGAUCGCUGAGAAAUUUGAGGAGGAUAUCUUGGCCUCCAUGAUAAACAGCACGGUGACGAGCAGACCUCCUGUCACACUGCGCCUCGUCUUCCCCGCCAGUCAGUGCGGCUCGCUCAUCGGCAAAGGAGGAUCCAAGAUCAAAGAGAUCCGGGAGAGCACAGGUGCUCAGGUGCAAGUAGCAGGAGACUCACUGCCGGACUCCACCGAGAGAGCUGUGACCAUCUCAGGCACCCCCCACGCCAUCACUCAAUGUGUGAAACAUAUCUGCACCGUCAUGCUGGAGUCACCACCUAAAGGGGCCACAAUACCAUAUCGACCCAAACCCACUGCAGGAGGCAACCACACAGUGUUGACGCAGCCGCACGCUGCGCCGGCCUUUGCUAUUCCUGGACAGUUUGCCAUUCCGCCCCAAGACCUCUUCCUGCCCCCGCAGUUGACCAAGCUUCACCAGUUGGCUAUGCAGCAUAUCCCCUUUACCUCCCUUGGGCAGAGCAACCCCACCUUCCCUGGUCUGGAUGCUUCAAUUGCGACCAGUUCUCAUGAGUUGAGCAUACCUAAUGAUCUCAUAGGAUGCAUCAUUGGCAGACAGGGAAGUAAGAUCAAUGAGAUUCGCCAGAUGUCUGGUGCCCAGAUUAAGAUUGCUGGGGCCACAGACGGUUCGGCUGUACGCCACGUCACCAUCACAGGCUCGCCAGUCAGCAUCAGCGUGGCCCAGUACCUCAUCAGUGCCAGUUUAGAGAUGGCUAAACUGAGCAUCCAUGCAGCUGCGUCCUCCUCCGGCACACCUAUCGACCUCAGCCUCGGUUUCACUCCGUCCAACCCCUCUGCUUCAGCGUCCUCCUCCUCCAUGCCUGUCCUGGCUGCCCCCCCUUCCGCUAUUAACAUCCACACCCCUCCCUCCAUGCCCAGUGCCCACUAUGCCCUGCCCCUCUCCAGUCUGCUUGGCAUGAAAACCUUCCCUCUGCUGGCAAUGCACGCGGCCGUCUCCUCAGGCCUCCCGCCCGGCCUCACACCCUACACCGCAAAGAUCCCCACCACGUCCAGCAUCAAAAAAUCAGAGCGCCAGAAGUUUGCCCCGUACUGAGCGGGGUUUUUAAUCUCAUCAGUAAUGUUCUAUUUGUUUGUCACCCAUCCGUGAAUUUUUUGAAGAUUAAAAGUGUCCUCCCCUCCCUUAAAAAAACAAACAUUUUCUGCAAACAAAUAGCCAGCGCAUGACAAGAUUGAUCGCUUCUCAUAUCGUCUUCCAUUUUGUUUCGCGUUUCAUUCGGGAGUGUUUGAGAUAUUCAUCUCUCACCGUAUAAUUUGUCUGACACGCCUCCUUUUUUUACGAGAAGCCAAAGCCAACGAGAAUUUGAUUUAUUGGUACUAUGCGGCUCGCAGGGAAUGUCUGUAUCUGUAUAUGUAUUUUUUUCGUUUGAUCUGGGUGAUUUUUGAUGUUCUGAUUGGAACGGGUUGCCGUCUUUGUUAUUUCAUCAAAAUAACAAAGUCAUUUCGGAGAGUGUGAUGCUGUGCCUCUCAUACUGAUAUUGAUAUUCUGUUCUUCACACUACAUCACAUAAACAACAUGUUACUAAACAGACAUAUAUAGCCAUGGAAGAAGUUAAGAGACUAUUCCAAAUUUUCAUUUAAUCAUCAUUUCUAGAUGUAUUGUGCAUGGUCAUUUCAGUCCAGUGUCUGUUGAAUUUCAACAAACUCAAACCUCAGGAGUGACAUAAAGUCAUCCAACAGCAAUGUGAAAGACUGACAGCAUGACAAGACACAUGAAAACUGAUCAAAAUUGGGGUUAUCACACAAAAAAAUAUUCCUAUAAUUUUCCUGUAAACAUGUACUGUAGAAGUAUGACUGUUGUAUUGCUUAAAAGUGAAUAUGAACUUGUUUUCUUUGCAGUAUUUGAGGUCUGAAAAAAUACAAAGCAUCUUUUGCCAUCUGUUAUUUUCACCUGUUUCUCCAGUUUUUAUUUUCUGCAAAUAAAUGCAAAUAGAAACAUUGAAUUGAAAUUUGGGAGAAAUAUUGGCAGUAGUUCACAGAAUGAAACAAAAAUUAUAAUUUUACCUAAACACAUACAGUACCUAUAAAUAGUAUUUUCAGAAAAACAAAAAUUUUGAAAUGGUCUCCUAUAUUUUUCGCUGCUGUAUAUUGAAAAAAUCUAGAUGUAUUUUUGAAAACAUUAUUUACUUUAAGAGUCAAAGGAAAGUUUCAAUGCAAAAUCAUUGGUUACUGAGAACACUGUCAUGGUUUUGGUUAUAAGGGAAACUAAACUAAACUAAACUAAACUCUAUUUACUUGCCAUUAAGAGGUGGCCCACUCAUAUCAAUUUUGUCAUAUGCCCUUGGAAAUUUAGCCAAGGCUCAUUUUCUAAUAUUGGUUUCACGCCCCGUUCAGACCGCCAGCGAUUAUAGCAGCGGCAGAGCGAUGCGAUCUCAUUCAUGUCAAUGGACUUCUGGCGACACAAGUGACCAUUGGCGACAGGAAGUGGCCGUGUCCAGUGAUGGGAGUCAAGCAACAAAAAGUUGAGAACUGUUAAACUUUUCGACUUUCGCUAGCGACUACCAAUAGGAGUAAAGCAGUGGAGCUCACGUCAUCCGUCUCUUGUCAGUUACUGGAGGGUUUGUUUAAACUGUUACUAGCACAACCAAAGCUAAAAACGCCUUUCAACGAUCUCAUAGCAAGAAACAAUCGACAUACAGCAACAAGGGGUGUCGUGGCCUAAUGGUUAGAGAGUCGGACUCGUGACCAGAAGGUUGCCGGUUGGAUUCCCAGGGCCGGCGGGUAACGACUGAGGUGCCCUUGAGCAAGGCACCUUACCCCUACUUGCUCCCUGGGCACUGCAGUGAUAGCUGCCCACUGCUCCGGGUGUACGUGUGUUCACCACUUGCUGUGUGUGUGUGUUCACUACUCUCUGGAUGGGUUAAAUGCAGAGGUCACUUUUCGGGUAUGGGUCACCAUACUUGACAAAUAGGUCACUUCACUUCAAAGUUGCUGGCUGUCUGAACGGAGCUUUAGAGUCGUAUUGCAAAUCAUGAUCAUAAACCUGCUUGUUGAGAUGUUAGCUUCAAUGCACAGCAUUUGACACUUUGUGUUGAUGUAAAGCAACAUGCAAUAAAACGUGUUGCUGUUGUUUUCUUUGAGUUAAAUGACUCCAUAAACCACAGUAGAUCCUCCUAUGCAGCAAUGCUUAUAUCGGGGUGUUUAUCAAUAAUGUGAUCUGUUCUUGUACUCUAUAUCUGACUGUGUGUUUUCCUUCUAGGCUGUCCUCAUUGAUAGCAGGUCUGAGGCCUGUGUAGUGCAACCCUUACUGUUUAUCCUUAAUCUCUGACUGGAUUACCGUAAAGUCAUGAUAUGGACUGCUUUAUAAUGAAAUUUAUAUUCAUUUCAAACAGACAUGCCGUAGAUGUUUUUUUAACUAUUCGAUCAUGUAUUUGUGUUUGUUUUAGAUUGCUUUUUUGAAGUUGCUGUUAAUGUACGAUAAAUAAAUGUAUUUUUAACAUUACAUAAUAGAGAUUAAACAGCUUUUUAUCAGUACACAGAGGCGUUCUCAAUUUCUUUUUACAUCCAG